AUGGACGAAAAGAAGUUGGCGGACACGCCCUUUCACAAGGAGAAUGUCACUCCGGUGAUACCCUCAGAUGGCCAUGCUGUUGCCCUCAACAUUAUCCAGAACCCUUUAAUACGUAGCACCAAGGAACAAGUCGUCGCUGAUGCCCGGACAUUUGCAGAGUCGAACAACAUGUCCGAGCACGCAGAACUAUUUGGUCGUGCCGCGCUCGUUGCGAGAGAACCUAGUAGUUUUGAAGGCUUUGCCGAGCUUGACGAACAGGAGAUAGAUGCACUCAUCUAUGAGAGAGACCACAAAUGGCACGGCCCCUGGAUGCUCUGGUAUGCAAUCUCUCUCUGUGCCAUCGGAGCCGCUACUCAGGGAUGGGAUCAGACUGGAUCCAACGGAGCCAACUUGUCCUUCCCAGAGGAGUUUGGCAUCAAUGGUACUGGUAGAGAUGAGUGGAUUGUCGGUGUCGUCAAUGCCGUUAUCUUCUUGACCGCCGGCAUGGUUGGAGCCUUCAUCGUCGAUCCCCUGAACCACUACCUCGGCCGAAGGGGUGAGAUCUUCCUCACAGCCUGCUGCCUGACUGCCACUCCAAUCGGCUCCGCCUUCACACAUUCGUGGCAGACUCUGUUCGCCGCACGCUUUGUGAUGGGAAUCGGAAUCGGCGCCAAGAACGCGACGGUGCCCAUUUACUCAGCCGAAAUGGCUCCCGCUAGAAUUCGCGGUGCCCUCGUCAUGUUCUGGCAAUUGUGGGUGGUCGUCGGUAUCUUCCUGGGCUUCUGUGCCAAUGUCAUUGUGAAAGACACCGGUAAAAUUGCUUGGCGUCUCCAGCUCGGCUCGGCAUUCAUCCCCUCAUUCAUCCUUGGCAUUGGUAUCUUCUUCUGCCCCGAGUCCCCUCGCUGGCUUAUGAAGAACAAUAGACAUGCCGAGGGAUUCGAGUCAAUGCAGCGCCUGCGAGCACACCCCAUCAUCGCUGCACGUGACUUCUACUACUCCUAUGUCAUCUAUCAUGAGGAACUCAAGGAGGCGCAAGGAGCAGGAUACUUUUCCCGUAUGUGGGACUGCUUUGCCGUGCCAAGAAUUAGACGCGCCAACUAUGGAGCAUCAACCGUGAUGAUUGCGCAGCAGAUGUGCGGAAUAAACAUCAUCUCGUUCUACAGUUCAACUAUCUUUGAGAAUGUUGGCUACACAGCGACACAAGCCUUGUAUGCUUCCCUUGGCUACGGUGCCAUUCAAGUCGUGUCGACUAUCCCAACCCUUUUCCUCAUCGAUAGCAAAGGCCGACGGACCCUGACAUUGAUUACUUUCCCCUUCAUGUGUGUAUUCCUACUGGCAGCAGGUCUAUCUAUGUUGAAAACGGAUGGUACUCGCGGCGAACAAAUCGGACCAGUCGUUUUAUUCAUCUACCUCUUCACCAUCGCCUACUCUCUAGGCGAAGGACCAGUCGCUUUCCAGUACUCAGCCGAGGUGUUCCCCACCAUCCAGCGAGAGCAAGGAAUGGCCUGGGCCGUGUGUAUCAACAACACCUUCGCCGGUAUCCUCAGUCUAACAUUCCCCCGAAUGAAGACCGUCAUGACGCCCACCGGAGCAUUCGGGUUCUACGCCGGUCUCAACUUGAUAGCAUGGUUUCUGAUAUUCUGCUUCGUCCGAGAAACGAAGCGGCUAACCCUGGAAGAACUGGAUCAGGUCUUCUCCGUUCCUACAAAAACAUACAUCCAUUACGAACUGACAGUUUGGCUUCCGUGGUUUAUCAAGCGAUAUGUCUUUUGGCAGAAAAUCCCCCGUCCUCCCCCGAUUAUUGCGACUGCCGAGGAGGUCAGGGCUCAUGGUCCUUUAUAA